CGAGAGUGACACGUAUCGCGGGUUCGCCUCCUCUCUCCCAUUACGUAACGUGGAUAUUUGAAGUUGAAAAAAAUAGGCGGUAACUACGAAAAUGUCUAGCGGUCAUCGAGGGAAACAAGGCGGGAAACGCCCCCGACCAUCUACCGGCUCUAGUCCCGAAGGACCUGCUCUCUUGCCUGCCAUUAAGAAUCUGUUAGCAGAGGAGAUAGGAAAGGUACUAGAUAGAAUUCAAGUUUUGGAACUUAACUUUGAAGCCAAAAUAAAGAAAUUUGAAGAAAAACUUAACGAUGUUGUGAAUUCGGUCACAUUUAAUGAACAAAGCAUUUCAGAAUUCCAGCAGAAAAUGAAGGAGGAUAAGGAAAUAGUCAACCAGGAAAUUGACAGUCUCAAGUCAUACAUUAAUCGAGAAAAUCUACUUUUUCACGGAAUAGUAGAAGGCAAUCAACAGGAAGAUGUGGAGAACCUUUUACGGGACUUUUUUGUGGAGCAUCUUAGAUUUGAUAGAGCGAGUGCAGAUGAGAUUGAAUUUCAAAGAGCCCAUCGGAUCAACUCUGCCAGAAGACCGCGCCCCAUCAUUGCAAGAUUUUUAAGAUAUAAAGAUCGCGCUGCUGUGUUUCAAAAGGCGAAGAAUUUGAAGGGUUCACGCAUGUUUAUUACAGAGGAUCUCCCACUGCGAAUAAGAGAACGUCAACGAGCUCAAUUGCCAGCCUUAAAGGCAGCCCGGUCUUCAGGUAAGAUGGCUUACUUCUCCCGAAGCGAACCUUGGAAGUUGUAUAUCGAUCGAGUCUAUGUGCCACGGGAGAGACAACAAGUGUUCAUUCGGCAACUUCCUACGGAGACACAUCCCGGUAACCCAGGAAUACGUCUUCAGGUAGCUGCUGGUGCAGAGUCCAAUCUCCCUGAAUAAGCAACUGGCGCUAUGAGAAUGCAAGGAGGAAAGCUUGGAUAAGUAUCAUUUAUGUUUACAUUCGCUUACACUAAGGAUUUAAUUUUCUAGACUACGGAGUUAAAGAGGUUUUUCGCAUAGUGAGAUCCUUCUAAACACCAUUUAAACUGUUUUACUGUGAUAAGAAUUUGGUUUGAUAAAUAUUUUAUAACAAAAUGCGAGUCAACUGAAAGCAAAAUUUGUCUCAUUAUUUCUGGAAGAUGCAAUGAGGAUGAUUGAAGAAUAGUAUAUUCCUAUUCAAACCAAAAAAGGAAGAGAAAUGCAGGAUAAAGAAGACGGGAAAAUAAAACAAUAACAUAAAGAGUGGUUUGAGAAAAGAUAUUGCAUACUCUUAUGAACCUCGAGCACUGCGGGAUGGAGAAAGAAUUUGAUACUAAAAACUCUCUUUUUGAAGGAAGGAAAGGAGAAGAAGUGUUUCAAAAGU